GGCUGUUUGGGAUCGCCGUGCUGGUGACCCACAUUUACCCCCGUGCUGCAGCUAGCGGAUCCCUGGCCGGCCCGCAGCAGCAGCUGGGAGUCUGGUGAAUCUCAGCGGCGAAAGCCUGCCUCCAUCAAGUCGGCCUGGAUGGCAGGGACACACUGGUGCAAGGACUGCCGAAACCACAAGCAUUACUGGUUACCAGAGCUUUUUGGACCGUGGGACGGAUGAAAGGUGGAAGCUGUGGGAAGCCCAGCUGGGCUUUAGCUGCUCUGUUUAUCCCCAUUGCCCUGCUGAUGCUGACCUCCAGGGGCGCAUUAAGCAGCCAAAAGAUGACACAAACAGCAAUGGGUCAUGCAACAGCCAGAGCUACAGGACUAGGCCCCAGCCUGACAGAUGACCUGCCGGGCCUCCAGGCAGUAGCAGACUUCUUAUCCAGUGAACAGGCUCAUGUGUGGCUCUUGUCCUUGGUGGGUUCUGUUGCUGUUGGUCUCAGUGGGGUUUUUCCCCUUCUUGUAAUUCCUAUUGAAGCUGGAGCGGCCCUCAAAACAGAAGCUGGGUGCCAGAAGUUAAAACAGCUCUUAAGCUUUGCAAUUGGUGGUCUCCUUGGCGAUGUGUUCCUUCAUCUCCUUCCUGAGGCGUGGGCAGUGUCCAGCUCAACAGUUGGUAAACAAAACCACUACACAAAACAAGGCCUCUGGGUAAUCGUUGGUCUGCUGGCUUUCCUUUUCCUGGAGAAGAUGUUCCCUGACCAAGACAACCAAGAGGAUCCCACGUCAGAGUCUGACCUGAAUUUUAACACUCCUACGCAAGCUAAUGCAGCCCUCAGUGGAAAGCCAGUGGUAACACUUGGAAAUGGGCACCACGCAGAGUCAUGGAAAUCCUCCAAGCAACAGGAAAGCCGGCAGCAAAAAUCAGAGAAAAUCAAGACAAGCGGAUACCUAAACCUGCUGGCCAACUGUAUUGACAACUUUACUCAUGGACUGGCUGUAGCAGGGAGUUUCCUGGUUAGCAAAAAGGUUGGGUUCCUCACAACAUUUGCCAUCCUGCUCCAUGAAAUCCCCCACGAGGUGGGGGACUUUGCCAUCUUGCUGAGGGCUGGGUUUGACCGAUGGAGUGCCGCUCGCAUGCAGCUGUCAACGGCACUGGUUGGGGUCCUGGGAGCUGGCUUUGCUUUGUGUGCUCAGUCACCACAAGGCACAGAAAACACCACUGCCUGGAUAUUACCUUUCACCUCUGGAGGUUUCCUCUACAUCGCCUUGGUGAACGUGGUGCCUGACUUGCUUGAGGAGUCCAAUUUUAGGCACUCCUUACUGCAGAUCAUGCUCAUCUUCUGCGGCGUAGCUGUCAUGGCUCUGCUCUCUGCCAUUGUUGAGUGAACAAACAUCACCCACAACUCUCUCGCCUUGCCAAAUACUUCGAUCCAGCAUUGGAGUGAAAUCCUGUUCUUCACCAGCCCUGUAUAUCUGGUACCUCUCAUUCAGAAAGCUUUCUCUUUCUUCAGACAUCAUCACCAUACAAUAUUGAACAAAUGAUUUGACAAAAGAACGGCACUUUAUGGACAGAUGAGUGAUCUGCUGACAGGAUAUUUGUGUGGACACUUACCGAUGUGCCAGACACAAGAAUCAAGGGAAUUUAGAGGGUUUUUAUGGAUUUCUGUUACCAAUUUGUCUUAAUUUGUUGAGUAGACAAUCCUGUUGUUUUGCACAUAAAUUUACACAGGUACACCUGAUGUACCUGCUAGACACAAAGGUAUUAUUGGACCUCAACAUAAAAACUCCUGUUUUAUCAUUGUAUGUAAUUUUACUAUUGUGUGCCUCCUGUCUCUGUCUUAGCUGCUGCGUAUUUAUUUAAAGUUAAAACAAGCAAUCACAGCUUUAUCAGACGUGCUCCACCAACACUCCCAUCUUUUUGUGCUGUUAAGAAAAAUAAGUGCCAAGAAGUCAGGAUGGUCUGUUACACAAGUAAGUGUCAGGUCUAAACCCAAGAACUUUUUGUUUUGAUUGUGUGUUAUUCACAGUACAGUCUGCACCUUUUUGAGAGCAAGUUGGAGCUCACACACACCAGUCAGCCUGAAUAAUAAUUGUGUAAAGUUGUUAAUAAAUUAAAAGAAAUUGGUACUGUUGAUAUUUAGUUAAACAUAUUGCCAAGAAUUAUGUAAGAAUAGAAAAACAGAAAAAAUGUAAAAUUCCUCGCAUCACUGUUUUGUUCAUACAUAUAUUUUUUUAAUGUUUCCACUCCCAAAGAAAUAAAAUAUACAUUUUA